GGCCUCCGCGCGCUGCGCAUGCGCACUGCACUGUCCGGGCUCGUGCGGGGCCCGUGACGAGACGAUCCAGCGGGAGUGUUAGCUGUGUAAUGGCGGCUUCGGUGUUGCUCUCCGCGGAAAGCGCCGUGCCCUUGUUUACCGUCGGCCACCCCGCCGGAGCCGCUCAUCACGGAUUACCCAGUGCUCCCGGAGCCGCGUCCUGGAGCCGCUCGCUGGACCGGGCGCUGGACGAGGCGGCGGCCACCGGAGCGCUCACCCUCAGCGGCAGGAAGCUGAAGGAGUUCCCGCGGAGCGCCGCCGGACACGACCUGACCGACACCACACGCGCCGAUUUACGUGGGCAUAGGCUGACAGAGCUGCCAGUGGAGGUGUGCAUGUUUGUGUCGCUGGAGAGUUUGAACCUGUACCAGAACUGCCUGCGUUCACUACCAGAGCGUCUGAUAAACCUACAGUCCCUCACCUACCUAAACAUCAGUCGGAACCAGUUGUCCACUCUUCCCGCUCAUCUAUGCCGUCUGCCGCUCAAAGUUCUGAUCGCCUGCAAUAACAAGCUGGUAUCGCUGCCGGAGGAUCUGGGCAAACUCAGACAGCUCACCGAACUGGACGUCAGCUGUAAUGAGAUCCAGACGCUUCCUCCACAGAUCGGUCAGCUGGAAACUCUGCGCGACCUCAACAUCCGCAGAAACCACCUUGUUCGCCUGCCUCCUGAGUUGGCCGAGCUGCCGUUGGUCCGGCUUGAUUUUUCCUGUAACAAGGUAACGACAAUCCCAGUAUGCUACCGCAAUCUCAGACACCUCCAGAGCAUCAUUCUGGACAACAAUCCUCUCCAGAGCCCACCUGCACAGAUCUGUAUAAAGGGAAAGAUCCAUAUAUUUAAAUAUCUGAACAUGGAGGCAUUUAAAGCAGCAUCAGACCUUCCAGACUACGACAGAAGGCCACUGCCUUUCGGAUCCUGUGCAGAGGAUUUGUGUUCUCAAACUGCUCACGUCCAUUUUGCCGUGCUUUGUAAAAUUCGUUCACGCGUUAUUCAAGAACGUGGUGGCUCAGAUACAGCGGUCACAUCUUCAUACGCUCAUAAUCAGCGUUCUGGUGGCGGUGUGGAGAGAGUGAGACGGGAAGCUCAGCUGGCGGCUCUGCGGUAUGAGGAGGAGAGACAGAAAACAAGAUCAGUGCAAAGAGACGCCGUUAUGAAUUACGUCAAGCACAAGUCGUCUCAGAGCCCUACGAAGCCCAGUCCGACAGACAGUGAGAGUCUGUACCCCUCCAGACGGUCCACUCACACCGAUGACUCCGCCCUCUUCAUGAGUGAGUUUGAGCCCCUACUGAUAUUUGAGAUAGACACAGAUACCAACACUAUAAAGAAGAGGCCAGACCCUCACAAACAGUCUCUCUCUGCUGUGCCGCUGGAUGGCCGUGUGUCUCCCACUUUAUCCGUGGCCUUCUCCUGUACGCCGCAGCAAGGAGAAGAUUAUGGCUCGCUGUCUCCCACCGGCCUCCAGUCCCCGUCUCCCUCCCGUGGCCCCAGCCAGAGACCUGAGAGUUACCUCUUCUGCCUCAGUCAGCGAGAGAAGAAAAAAGAAGAAUCAGGCACACAGAAGGCGGAGCCAGUGGAAGCCACGCCCACACAGAGUCCCGCCCCCACGGGAGAGGAGGCUAUGCUGAUAGAGCAGCUGAGAAGGAAUAUCGAGUGUCGACUCAAGGUGUCCUUACCCAGUGAUCUUGGGGCAGCUUUGACUGACGGGGUCGUGUUGUGCCAUCUGGCCAACCACGUGCGUCCCCGAUCCAUACCGAGCAUCCAUGUACCCUCACCGGCAGUGCCCAAACUGACGAUGGCCAAGUGUCGACGUAAUGUAGAGAACUUCCUAGAGGCCUGCCGCAGAAUUGGAGUUCCUCAGGAUAGUUUGUGUUCAGCGGGUGACGUCCUAAAAGGGGAGGUGGUUUGUGUGUUUAGGCUGGUUGAGGCCUUGCUCUCUCUGGCACCGCCUCCCUUUCGUUCCGCCCCUUCUUCCCAGCUGGCUGGAUUUGCCCUUUUCUACCUGUCAAUCAUGUCGAUGCUAUGCGCUCUCUACUGCCACCUGGCGCCAAGCCUUUAAAUCGCACUUCCAUGUUGCUCACUGCACUAAAAUAGCCAAUUGUUUGUCUUUGUGCAGAAUUACACAAUAGCUGGCAUUUACGCACACGGAUGUUACGUUUAUAGUGUUUUCUAGUGCACAUAAUCGAUACUUCACUAAGCUCCGCCCCCUCUGUGUAACGUUGCUUGCUUAGUCAGGCUUUAUAAAAUAACGUUCAUGCAAAUUUCUUAAAGGGAUACAAUUUGGUUUAAUGGUAUUAAUACAUGGACUGGAAAGAAUUGUGAUGAAAGAAUGUGCUGUUUCUUUCAAGGAAAUUAUUUGCACUACUG